AAUUAGAUUCACAAAAAGUUGCAAGAAUAGAUAUAGAGAGGUUCCCUUUACCCAGUUUUCCCCAAUGGUUACAUCUUAAAUACUUACAAUACCAAAACCAGGAACUUGACAUGGCAACAAGGUGUAUAUAGUCCUACAUCUUAUCACAUGUGUAGACUUGUGUGACCAUCAUUAUCAGAAUACAGAACUAUUUUAUUAACACAAAGAUUUCCCUUGCUCUGCUGUGUACAUUCACACCCACCCCCUUAUCCACCAAUACAAAAGUUUUGUAACUCUGUUGUAAGGUGAGUAUUUAUUUCCUAUUUGUAUCUGGCUAAUCUCUUUCAAAAUGCUGUCCCCACCCUUUGAAUUAAUGUCAUGAAUAAGUCCUCAUCCUCAAUUUUUUAAAACAAUGCAAUCAAUCUGAUCUUCCAGACUAAUUUCCCUUAUUCCAGAAUUUGGUUUGGGAAAAAGCACACAAAUACAUCUAAUUUGUGGUGGAUUCCCUUCUCCAGUUUGGUCCCACCUUUUCAUAGCUUUUCCUAAAGUCCCUCCUUAGUUUUCCUUGUUUUAAACUCUUUUCUCACAUCACUGAGGAAUCUCAAGAUCCUGAUAAGUAAUUUAUUAUUCCAACAGAAAGGAAAUCGAUUUCCAAAAUAGGAUUCCAAUUUAUUAAUUCGCUAUGAGGUUUAUAAUGGACCAAUAGGGUCAGUUCAAUCACCACCUACUAAGAAAAUUCCAAAUACCCACUUUUCACCACCGAAAACAAAAUGGAAUACUUAAAAUUUAGGCCCAAAGAUUAGAAAUGGCCCACUCCUCCGCGUCCCCGCAUCUUGCUGGAGUUUCAUUAGCCGCCUAAAAAGUCCAUUUUAUUUCCGCAGUCCGGGUCGGAGGCCCGAGGCCCCAAGCCGGCCUCCCAGCGCGCAGCCCGGGACCCGCGCCCCGGCGCCCAGGCCCGCGUGGCCGCCCCGCCGGGGCCCUGCGUUGGGCGCUCCGCCUCUCCGGGCCGGCAGCGGCCAUGGCGGCCACGCAGAUCUCAGCGCGGGCGCUCGCCGGGCUCGGAAGGCUACCUCAAGCCACCCGGCCACCAAAACCUCUCUGGGUCGUAGGAGGGUUCCGACAGCACCUCAGCUUAACUCUCUCCUCCGCUGCUGAGGAAGACCGCAGAGGCUCUGUGCCCCGCUCGCAAGGCGGACUAGAGAGAACGACGAGGCGUCCGGUGAGCGAAGAGUUAACAACGGCCGAGCGGCGGAUCGUGGACCUGCACGCGGGAGCGUGCGCGGCUGGCCAGUUACACUACGUGGAUCCAGCUACUGGCUAUACCGUGCUCACACAGCUCGCCCACUUGCAGAGAGGUAAAUGCUGCGGCUCUGCCUGCAGACACUGUCCAUAUGGUCAAGUCAAUGUUAAAGAUCCAUCUCAAAGGAAGAAAUUCAAUUCAUAUUUUUAUGUUUGACAACAGUUUCCUCUCCUAAUUGAGCCUGUAUUAAAAAAAAAAUACCCUAAUCCAGAAUUGCUGUCUGUGCUGUUAGUCCUUGAGCACUAGUUUAAUCAUAAGUACAUAUAUUAAAAGAACAUCAAUAAAAUGAAAAAGCUAGCAAA